UCACAAUGAAGUUCACUGGUUUGUUGUUAACAGUCGCCGCCGCUGCCUUUGCAGCACCACAGGGAUACGAUUUGGGUGCACCAUCGGGUGAAGGUCUCUCCGAUGGAGCAGGUCUUUUGGCAGGAGGAACCGGUGCAGGUGGUGCUGAUUUAGGCAGCGGUGAGGGUGCCAUUACCGGAUGCAGAGAUGGAGAGGUCCUACACGUGGACGGCACUUGUGUUAUCCCCGAAAUCACAAGAAAGGUAUACCUGUUUAACGUUCCUGAACAAGAGCAGGCUGUCGGCCCACCACCCAGUAUUCCUCCUCCAGCAGUAGAACACAACAUCCUCUUCGUACGUCUUCCAGAAGAAGGACCAGCACCCGAGCCAAUCGUUCUUCCUCCACCAAGACAGAACAACAUUGUCUAUGUGCUCAACAAACAGGACCAACAAGUUCAGCGAGUGAUCGAAGUACCAGCUCAGCCACAGGCUGAUCCUGAGAUUUACUUCGUCAACUACCAAGACGGAGAAAACCCAACUCUUCCCAUUGGAGUAGACCUGGAAACGGCUCUCAGCUCCGCAGCAGCAGCAGGCGGUCAAGUUCUCGGAGGUGAUGAAAGUGUUAUAGGUGGAGAAGCCGGCUUUGGUGGCGCUGGUGGAGUUGCUGGCGGUGUUAUUGAAGGACUAGCAGGAAGUAGCUUUGGGAUUGUAAAUGGAGGUGGAUUAGGUGGUGUUAAUGGAGCUGGUAUUGGCCUGAGUAUCAACGGAGGCACUAGUGGACUUCAAUCAGGCCAAGGAAGCAGACCUUCAGGCCUGUACAACACACCAUAAUUUAUUAAUGAUUUACGAAAGAUACACUUAAAAAGAUAUACCAAUAUUUCUCGCAAUGUUAUUUGCAUUACGUCCAAAAUAUAUCGAAAUAUCAAAAAUGUUA